UCCUCAAAGACUGGACUCAAAAUUUCUAUUCUCUGUUCUAUAAUAGAAUUGUAUAUUAGUAAUAAAACAAUUGGUAAUAAUCUGUAAAAAUUCAUUUAAAUUUUUUUUUUAUUUUUUAAGUACAAAUUUCAACAAUCAAAGCAUCUCUUUCAAUGAGCAAGAUGUUUUGGUACUGUAUCUUGAGUGUUUUACUUUAUUUAAAACUGGUGACGCUCAAACCACAAUUUUCCACUGACUCUAGAUCUUUUUACAGUCUAUGCUCUAGAUGGUAAUCAUUGAGCGUUUCCGUGGUUGUGCCUUUGAGAGGGAACUUGAUCAGCACUGAUACAAAUAUUAAAGAUCAUCAUAAGAAGCUAUUUGAAAAACUAAAUAAUUAGUGUGUGUCUGAAGUCAUGAUGUGGAUUAUACACCCUGUAUUCAUUAUUACACUCUGCAUGUUUUUCUUCAAUGUGCUGGCAGGCAGUCGGACGGAUGAGACUUCAGGCGACAUUUGUAAAGUUCUUCAUCCGUUGUUGUACGGUAUCAUCUGCUUCCUCGUUUUCUUGGUUGUCAUUCUCCUGAUUCUUCUCUUUAAAAUAAUCACCUCGAUGCAACGUGGCCUUAGAAGAGACCACAUGACCAGCGAGACGGGAGAAUCAACCGCUUUGAGUCCGAAUAAUGUAUUAAGUGUUUCCCCUCUUUCAGGCGACGGUGGAGAUGAUUCAUCCUCUACAAGUUCUGGGACCCCUGAAGGCUCGCUGGCAGAUCUUUCCAGUAUCUCUCAGCGGUAUGUAAGCCUUCAAGAGCGUUCCAAGACUUCUGACUACAUAAAUGUUUCAGAGAGUGUUUCACCUGGACAAGUGGACUUUAAUAGUAAAAUAAUGGCUGUAGACUAUGUGAAUGUUAAAGAGGAGUCCCGACGGAAAAAGAUCAACAGAAGAGGCCAAGCGAGCUGUGAUGACGGUACUACAAGUGUUAGCAGCGAUGCGAGCACUGAGUCUGCUGUGAAUUACUCCAUGGUUGUCUUUACUAAAACAGAUAAGCAAAAGAUGUGAUUAGCUUUUAUAAAAAAUUGGCUUAAACGAAUCACUCACCCAGAAAUUAAAAUUCUGUUAUCAUUUAGGUUACUCACCCUCAUGUUGUUCCAAAUCUAUGAAUUUCUAUGGCUAUGAACUACAUAUACAGUCAAACCAAAAUGUAUUCAGACACCUUGAACAUUUCAUUCAUUGAUACAGUUUAUUCACUGUAGUUUUAAAAAAUGGUAAUAAAAUAUGACAAGAUC